AUGGCUCCUCCUGCAAACGGCGACUCCAUCUCCGGGCACGACUUGGCCGCUACAUACGCAGAUAACAUUAAAGGCAAAAUUAUCCUAGUGACUGGUACAUCUCAAGGCAGUCUCGGAGAGGAAUACUGUCUCGCAAUUGCCAAAUCUGAGCCCAAGCUUCUGAUUCUCGCAGGCCGCAAUGCUGAAAAGCUGCAGUUCAUCAUCAGCGCCAUUGCAAAGGCCAACCCCAAGGUUGCCACCAAAUCUCUCAAUCUCGAUCUUGAAUCUGUUGCAGAAGUGAAAAAAGCGGCCGCUAUUGUCAACUCUUGGGAUGAUGUGCCACACAUUGAUGUCUUCUGCCACCACGCAGCCAUCAUGGGUACUCCAUAUGGAACCACAGUUGACGGAUUCGAGAAGCAGCUGGGCGUCAACUAUAUCGCUCCUUGGGUGUUCACCAACAGCAUCUUGCCCAAGAUUCUCAAGUCGGAGAGCCCACGAAUUGUACUUCUUAGCAGUGAUGGUCACCGCUGGGGCCCCAUUCGUUGGCAUGACCCCAACUUCAAGGGUGGCGAGAACUACAACAGGUGGCACGCUUAUGGCCAGUCAAAGACGGCGGUUCAGCUUUACGCUCUCCAUCUAGGAAAAGUGCUGGGAAAGAGGGCGCAAGUAUUUAGCGUCAACCCCGGUGUAAUCAUGACUCCAUUGGGAGCAAACAUUGACUGGGCCGGCGAGUUUGGAGACAUCAUUCGAAUCGAUUUGGAGCUCGGUAACGACGAAGCCGUCAAUGGCUGGCCAAAGUAUAAGAGCAAAGAGGCCGGUAUUGCAACAGCUGUGUAUGCCUCGUUUGAUCAGGAUCUUGCAGACCAUACCGGAGCGUAUCUCUUGGAUUGCCAGGUUUCUAACCCUUACUUGCAUACCGUUAGACCCUGGGCAUUCAGCGAAGUCGAAGCUACGCGGCUCUGGAAGUGGACGGAGGAGCUUACAAAUGAGAAGUUCUCAUUCUAG